AUGGUGAGUUGGAGUCAUCAGAGUAUAGAACUGCCAAUCACUGGGCCAUGUUUGUCCAGUGAAGAGGACUUCUUGGCCCAGUAUACAAUCAAGGAGGCCAUAGGUAAGGGUGGUUAUGCCCAAGUCAACCUGGCUUACCACAAGGUAACAGGCAUCCCAGUUGCUGUUAAAGUCCUGAAGAAAGAGAAGCAGUCUCACCAGCAGAUCAGAUCUGAGGUGGAAGUAAUGAAGAGGACCAGCCACCCAAAUAUCAUCACUCUCAUCCAGGUUAUAGAAACGGAUCAGAACGUUUACCUGGCCAUGGAGCUAAUUCAAGGCCGAACUCUGUAUCAGAAUAUUAAUGAAUAUGGCUGCCUGAAGGAGCAUACUGCCAGGGAUAUAUUCUGCCAGUUACUUAGUGCGCUGUGCUACUGCCAUGAGCUGGGUAUAGCACAUGGCGACAUAAAACCAGAUAACAUCAUGGUAACUUUCAACGGCAGGGUAAAGCUCAUAGACUUUGGCAUGAGCAUGACAUUCAAUCCAGGGGAGAUGCUUGAAUGUGUUGGUGGCCUUCAUGAAUAUAAUCCUCCCGAAGUAUACUUUAAAGGGUCAUGUGAUGCCUCUAAAGUUGAUGUGUGGAGAUUGGGAGUUACCUUGUACUUUACAGUAACAGGGACCAUGCCAUUUCAAACAAACAAUCCUUUGAAGCUUGUGUACAAUGUUCUAAGAGGCACUUAUAACAUCCCUUUCCACUUGUCAGAAGGGCUAAGGAGUCUCAUCAGCAAAAUACUCACUGCCAGCCCCAACCAGAGGCCCACAGUGAAAAUCAUAAUGGGUCACCCUUGGCUUAACCAGGACUCUACAAGAAGCCACUCUAAUGACACCAUCUCCCAAGUUCCAGACCCUAAAAUUAUGGCAGCUUUGGCCAGCAUUGGUAUUCAAACAGAAGAUGUAAAGGAUGCCCUGCUACAUCAAAAAUAUAAUGAAACUCUUGCCAUGUAUAAAAUCUUCCAAUUACAAGCAAGCCAGAGGGAAAAUAUCUCAAUCAUAACUGAGCCUGUGGAUCCGGGAGUGACACCAUGCCCAUCCCCCUCAUAUCCUGCCACCUUCCCUCUGAGCUUCAAGUGGACUGGUAGUAUGCCUGACCUUGAGAGCUCAUCUUCAAAUUAUGGCCAGGAGGCAAGGAUGAGGACUGUCAGAACCACCCCAAUGCCUUCAGUUUCCCUCUGCUGUAAGCAAAGUAAUAUCUCCCUCAACACAGCCCUCCAGAAACUUCUGACUGCUCCCUGCACCCUCAUUGCCCAUAGUCAUAAAGAUGACCAAGAGGAAGUUAAAAUGCCCCAGAGAAUAGUCAAGGAAGACGGUCCUCUCUGCACAGAAGCACUGCCAGUGUCAUCUGCAACGUCAGAGGGCAGGCCCGGGAACCGAAUCAACACAGUAAGAUUACAUGUCAUCCACCAGUAUCAGAAGGGUCCCAUUGGAAGAGUCAUAAGGGAUUAUGAAGAUGAAGAGGAGAAAGUUUACCUGGAAAGGGAGCUGGCCCGGGGCAAAAGUGCACAGGACAAAAUCAAUGAUUAUGGCUACCCUUCAGAAAAAGUUGUGAAGCAGAUAUUCCAUCUAUUACUAAAGAGCCAGAUACUACUGCCAUGA